AAUUUCCAAGUUUAAUCUAAAAACCCCAUUUUCUUCUCUCUUUCUCAUUCGCCGAAGAAUCCACCGUCAAUGGCAACCACGGCGUCGUUUUCCGGUGUCCACUGCUGCGGCGUCCAGCCCUCCACCAGAGCAGCUCCAUUUUCUUUUCCGCCGCCGUUAUCAACCAACUUCUCGCCGAAACCUCCGCGGCAUAGAACCCUAAUUUCACUCAAACUGCACAGAAAAGAUUCGAUUUUCAACAAAAAGUCUAGGUCUUUAGUUGUCCGAUGCGAGGCCGCCAGCGGAAAGGCUGUUACUCAGCAAGAGUUCACGGAGAUGGCAUGGCAAGCUAUAGUGCUGUCGCCAGAAGUGGCAAAGGAAAACAAACACCAAAUAGUAGAGACGGAGCACUUGAUGAAGGCGCUGUUGGAGCAAAAGAAUGGGCUUGCUCGCCGGAUAUUUUCCAAGGCUGGUGUGGAUAAUACUCGUCUGCUUGAAGCGACAGUUCGUUUCAUUGAACGACAACCUAAGGUUCUUGGCGAGUCAGCAGGUUCAAUGUUGGGGCGAGACAUGGAAACAUUGAUUCAGCGGGCCAGAGAGUUUAAGAAAGAAUAUGGUGAUUCAUUUGUGUCAGUGGAGCAUUUGGUGCUUAGCUUUGCACAAGACAGGCGUUUCGGAAAGCAGCUGUUUAAAGAUUUUCAAAUUACUGACAAGACUCUAAAAGAUGCCAUACAGGCCAUUAGGGGACGCCAAACUGUUAUUGAUCAAGAUCCUGAAGGAAAGUUUGAAGCUCUGGAAAAAUAUGGAAAAGAUUUGACUGCAAUGGCAAGGACAGGAAAGCUUGAUCCUGUUAUAGGCCGAGAUGAUGAGAUACGUCGAUGCAUUCAAAUCCUUUCUAGGAGAACUAAGAACAAUCCUGUCCUAAUUGGAGAGCCAGGUGUUGGAAAAACUGCAAUAUCUGAAGGGCUUGCCCAGAGAAUUGUGCAAGGAGAUGUCCCACAAGCCUUGAUGAACAGAAGGUUGAUCUCUCUUGAUAUGGGAGCACUUAUUGCUGGUGCAAAAUAUAGGGGUGAGUUUGAAGAUAGGCUUAAAGCAGUGCUCAAGGAAGUGACCGACUCUGAUGGGCAGAUUAUCCUUUUCAUUGAUGAGAUUCACACUGUAGUCGGUGCAGGCGCCACGAAUGGUGCCAUGGAUGCUGGCAAUCUGUUGAAGCCGAUGCUUGGCCGUGGAGAGUUGCGUUGUAUUGGUGCAACCACAUUGGACGAAUUCCGGAAAUAUAUUGAAAAAGAUCCGGCAUUGGAGAGCCGGUUCCAGCAAGUCUAUGUUGACCAGCCCACCGUUGAGGACACUGUCUCUAUACUCCGUGGGCUCCGCGAAAGAUAUGAGCUUCACCAUGGGGUCCGCUUAUCGGACAGUGCAUUAGUUGAUGCUGCAGUUCUCUCUGACCGUUACAUCAGUGGACGCUUUUUACCUGACAAAGCUAUUGAUCUAGUGGAUGAAGCUGCAGCAAAAUUGAAAAUGGAAAUUACCUCAAAGCCCACAGCCCUUGACGAGAUCAACCGUGCAGUUCUUAAGAUGGAGAUGGAGAGGCUAUCACUUACUAAUGACACAGACAAAGCAUCCAAAGAUCGGUUAAAUCGCCUUGAGACUGAGUUGUCUCUACUAAAGCAGAAGCAAUCUGAACUGAACCAGCAGUGGGAGCAUGAAAAGACCGUCAUGACACACUUGCAGCCCAUCAAGGAAGAGAUUGAUAGGGUGAAUCUUGAGAUCCAACAGGCAGAAAGGGAGUAUGAUCUCAACCGUGCUGCUGAACUCAAGUAUGGUAGCCUAAACUCAUUGCAGCGCCAGCUUGAUGCCGCGGAGAAAGAGUUAGACGAAUAUUUGAAGUCUGGGAAAUCCAUGCUUAGAGAAGAAGUUACUGGGAACGACAUUGCAGAGAUUGUCAGCAAAUGGACUGGAAUUCCAGUCUCCAAGUUACAACAGUCUGAAAGGGAAAAGCUUCUGCAUUUAGAGGAAGAACUCCAUAAACGGGUUGUUGGCCAAGACCCAGCUGUCAGAUCCGUGGCCGAAGCAAUUCAGAGGUCUCGGGCCGGUCUUUCGGACCCGCACCGCCCGAUUGCUAGCUUCAUGUUCAUGGGCCCCAUGGGUGUCGGAAAGACGGAGUUAGCCAAGGCACUCGCGACCUAUCUGUUCAACACAGAGGAAGCCCUUGUGCGUGUCGACAUGAGUGAGUACAUGGAGAAACAUGCAGUCUCAAGACUAAUAGGUGCCCCACCCGGGUACGUAGGGUACGAGGAAGGAGGACAGUUGACUGAGAUUGUUCGUAGGAGACCCUACGCAGUUAUCUUGUUUGACGAGAUAGAAAAGGCACACGCCGACGUGUUCAAUGUUUUCCUUCAAAUCUUGGAUGAUGACGAGAGCGAGCUAUCUUAUGAAACCAUAAAGCAAAGGGUGAUGGAGGCUGCAAGAGCCAUUUUUCGCCCUGAAUUCAUGAACCGUGUUGAUGAAUACAUAGUGUUCCAGCCCCUUGACCCCGAGCAGAUCAAGAGUAUCCUCCGAUUACAGCUGGGACGCGUGCAGCACAGAUUGUCCGACCGGAAAAUGAAGCUACGAGUGAGUGAAGCUGCGGUUGAGCUGCUGGGAAGCCUCGGGUACGAUCCGAGCUACGGGGCCCGGCCUGUGAAGAGAACGAUUCAGCAGAACGUGGAGAAUGAGAUAGCAAAGGGCAUCUUGAGGGGGGAUUUAAGAGAUGAAGACACCGUGUUGGUCGACACCGAGGUAUCCGCGGUUCCCAACGGUCAGCUUCCCCAAGCCAAACUUGUAUUCAGAAGGGUGUCCGGUUCUUCUUCGGGCGCUUUGGGUGCUUCUUCUCCUGUGGACAAAGAAGCAUCAUUCUCCCAGUAAACGGCAAAGGUGUAUAUUUGUAAUGGAACUGAGCAUUAUAAAAAGCUCUCUUGUAA